AUGUUUCUUGCCUGUACGGUUUUUUUGUUUCUUUCCUCCGGAGUGGAGAGCAAUAAAGAUCAGGUACCAUUAGACGAUGAGGGCUACAUCGAAAAACCUUGUAGGAUUUACGACGUAAAUUGUAUAAGGCAAUUUUUUGCGGAACACUCCCGUUGUAAUAUAACUUACGGGCCUGUCCCAGACCCGUUGUACGAUCCCACAUACACUCUCUAUUUGCCAAGAAUUAAUGUAACCCUAACUUCAUUAAAAGUGGAAUACAGAGGGCUUAAUGGAAAAAUCGUAGAGUUUUACAUAAACCCCAAGACUGAUAAAUUGGUGCUUUCAGUCAAUUUUGAGGGUCUCAGUUUUGGCUCAAACGACAAUUACUUCCAAUUUGCAAGAGUCGGAAGAGAACCUCUCGUUACGAAUACAUUCCUUAACGUAUCUUACACAAUCGUGAGUUCAACAAUCACCAUACCUAAUUUGAAAGAUUUGCAACUUCAAAACAGUGAAGUUUUUUCCUUCUCGGACACACCGGAUGUACCUAUUUUCGAUGUUGGACCCAAAGCUUUCGGUGAUGACUACAAUCCCGUGUUGGAAUAUCCUUUAAGUUAA